GCAGAUCUUUUGGAUUUUGCUUCCUGAAAGUCGGGAUUCUGCAUUAGACUUGUCAUGAAUUCAUCAUUUCACUUUGUUGUUCAGUGGUGCGUAUUUUUCUUUGCAUCUACAUAAGCCCUUUGAUUCCAUAGCAAGAGAAACAUCCCCGUCCAUCCAUCCAUCCAUCCAUCCCUCCACCGCCCAUCCGCCCAACCGCUCAAAUUAUCAACCCUUCGAUCCUCCAACUCCCAAUGGUGACUCAGCAGCCAAAGCUUUUCGAUGUAUUGAAAUUGUCGGUUGUGCCGGAGGAAUUUGGCGAUACUAGUGUGUAUGUAGAGGCGAUGGAUGUGGACCAAAUUGGCAUCCUCCUGGUACCAAUGGACGACAAGGCUGAUGGUGGCUGGUGCGACGUAUCUCACCUUAUGGAUACACUCAAGAAUGCCUGUUUCGAACCGAUUUUGGAAGAGAGGGUCGCUGUGUUAGAAAAGCUCGCCGGAAGCGUAAAUGAGACGGACCAUCAUAAACUCCACAUAGUCCUCGAGGCAAAGUUCUCCCGCAAAUGCGAUAUCAUAGACGGAUAUACGGAGAACCUCCCUAUGCUACUUGGAAGGGUUUUGGAGGUCUUGGAAAAGGCGAAUGGGAAAGCAAUGGCAGGGAGAGGAAGAUGGCCAAUAUUGCCCGUUUCGUGGUACACCGGGAAGCCUUCUCCGGAUCUGUCAGUGCAAAUCACCGACAUUCGCAAAUACCUGUUCCACAUUUUGGAAUUCCAAAGCAAGAUUGGAUAUAAUCUCCGAGAAUAUAGUCAUUUAUUACGGUCCAACUUAGUAAGUAGAGUGUAAAGUAUAUGCACUUCACAUUUCUAACUUCGUAAUAGGGCACCAUGUGCCACGUUAAUCUCGUGGAGGAUCGUCCUGAGUUCCAAGCUGUGGAGGCCCCUUCAACACCAUCCCAGGUUCGUUUGUCGGAGGUGCUUUCUUCCCUUGGCUGAUUUUGCUAGUAGUAUGGACUUGGGCAGAUAGUUACUACAUUCACAUAAUCUCACUCUCCUUUUCUCCUACCACCACUGGAG